AUGGCCUACGACAACGCUGUAAAAGCAUUGGAUAUUGUUAUUGCUUGCUCUGCCAUAUUGGGAAACGGUUUGGUGAUUUUCGUCAUGACGGUCAGACGAAAACAGUUCACGUCUGUCACCAACAGACUCAUUCUACACCAAUCCGUAGUGGAUUUCGUGUCCGGAGUUACGUUCCUAGGGCUCCGCGUCAUUAAAGGUCCGGGCUCUUUUGUGGGCGCAGAAGUUGGUGACACCUUUUGGGGUGUGCUCGUUUGUCGGUUAAUAGAAAGUGAUUAUUUCAUCUGGGGACUGAAUGUGACGUCGUCGUACAAUCUGGUGGUGAUAUCCCUCGAGCGUUUUCUUGCCACGUGCUAUCCGGUCAAACACCGCAACUACUGCUCACUCUUCAAGAUCAAAGUUUCAAUGUGUGCUGCUUGGAUCAUUGGCUUUGCGUAUUCAACGCGCGUCAUUGCAAUGAGACGCGUACACCAAGGUAUGUGUGUUCCUGUACGGUUUUCAGCUGUAUAUCUGAUACUACCUCCUCUUUUAGUUGAGUACAUGAUUCCUGUGACUCUGAUGGCAUUUUCGUACGUGAAGAUAUAUCUCAUGCUGCGACGCAAACUGGCUGGUGAAACCAACGCGAACCAGCGAGGCCAGGGAGUGUUGAGCAAGGCAAAACGCAACGUACUGAAGACCAUGCUGAUAGCUGGUACCCUGUUCUUUGUCUGCUGGUCGCCCAUCAUGGUAGUGAGAUUUCUAAUUAUUACCACAAACAUCGAAUAUUUAGAGGUUGUUUUUAUCGCAUGCUAUGGGCUCGUCAUGUGCAACAUGAGCGUCAAUCCAGUCGUUUAUUGCUUCAAGUAUGAACAUUUUCAAGUUCAGCUCAUGCAUCUGAUACGGAGCACAUUUCGUCGCAAUCGUGUUCAGGCUGGAGGUGAGACUAACCCAACGCCUCUGUCCAUAGACCCAAUACAGCCAACAAGAGCAACGCAGCUAACAAUGUGA